AUGUAUUCCAUCAAGAAUUUACUUCCAAUUUUCCUCUCAUGCGCCUCUGCUGCCACUACAGGAGUCGUACGCCGAGCUACCGUUUGCAACAACUCCCCUAGUCUGUGCAGCAAAUCAUACGGCGAAAUAACUCAUCUUGGAGCUCACGACAGCGCUUUUCUGCGAGAUGCGAGUACAAGCUAUUCUGUUUCUGGAAAUCAAUUCUUCAAUACAACAGUCCAACUCUCCGCAGGCGUACGGUUGGUGACUGCACAAGUCCAUAAAAACAACAACGAUUGGCAUUUGUGUCAUUCAAACUGCGACCUCCUCGAUGCCGGAACACUAGAAUCGUGGUUAAGUGAAAUCAAAAUCUGGCUAGAUGGAAAUCUCAACGACGUGGUGACUGUUUUGCUGGUCAACUCAGACGACGCUACCGAUUCCGAACUCGCCACGGUUUUCGAAGCAUCCGGCAUCACCAAUUACGCAUACACCCCUACUUCCUCAAGCGCCACCACAACAUGGCCGACUCUACAAGAGCUGAUCAGUAACGGUACCCGCCUCAUGGCCUUUGUCGCAUCCCUAUCCUCAAACAGCAAUGCCCCGUAUCUCAUGGAUGAGUUUACAUAUAUUUGGGAAAACCCAUUCAGCGUCACAUCCGCAUCGAAUUUCUCGUGUCUGCCGGAACGUCCUUCAACAGUAUCCGGCAACACCGCCUCCGCCCUAUCCUCAAACCGUCUCCCAUUCAUGAACCACUUCCUCGACACCAACGUCGGUCUCGGCAUCCAGGUACCUGACGCAAACGCCGCCGCAACAACAAACGGUCAAAGCGGAACUGGCAACCUACUCACAGCCGCCGAAACCUGCAAAUCCGCUUACUCGGGCCGUCAACCCAGCUUUAUACUUGUCGACUGGUUCGACAAAGGUCCCGCAAUCGACGUAGUCGAUCAAUUGAACAAUGUCACUGACGCAACCGGCCGUGUCGCUGUACCCACCACCAAUGCAGACGAUAACAACAGUACCAGCAGUGGAACAUAUGCAAUUGGAUCUGGGCCGGGGGCGACUGGAUCAGCAUCCUCGGGGGUGGCGUCUCCUUCUAGUACGGGUAGUACGGGUAGUACUACUUCGGGUGCUAGUAAUCAAGUUAUUGCUUCAAGAUUAUGGUGCAUAGCGUUGGCGUCCUUGGUGGUGUAUGCAUAA